AGUGGUGAUAAUUGGUUAGUCAGAUUAAUUGUCUAUCGCUAACUGGCCAGGGUGCACAGGACGUACAUAUAUGUGUUAAUAUCUGCCUUAAACAAAUAUCUGUGCCGGCCGGGGAUGGAACAUGGGACCUUUGGCGUAGUAGUCAGGGUCACUAACCACUACACCAUUCUGUCGUCAUGUUAUGUGUAACUCAAAUAACUGUAAUAACGAAAUAACAUAUUUACAGAACUGCUUGUGUAAUUGUGUUGGUGUUUUAAUUGAUCGUUUUUCCUCGUUUCAUUUCACACGGUUAUAAAAAUGCCACCUGAAACCAUAUCUGGCGCGUUCCACAGUAAUGUCCGCGGUUGGAAAAUAUUCGCUCUUUGGAUUCGAGAAGUCAACAACAAAUAUUACAAAUGCUACGCCGCGUUGUCAUUGGUCUUUCUCUACUUUCUUUACGAUGGACUUCUGACCCUAAAUCUCAUAUACAGCCCCAAAAAUUUGAACACGUUCAUUCCAGAACUAGUGUUUCUUUUGACAUCUUUCGUUCUUGUAUUCAAAAUUAAUAUGGUAAUGUUCAAAAGUAAACUUAUUUUAAGAGCCUUCAGUAUAAUGGACAGUGAUAUUUUCUCCGGAGAAACAGUGGAACAGAAGAGGAUAACUAAAAGAUACGUUGAAAUGUACAAAAAAUAUUAUCGUGCGUACUUCGUAUUGGGUUACAUGUCGUACACUUUUUUUACAAUAGUUCCAUUCUUGAAACAUGUGUUUUUUGGCCAAGAGCUAAUUCUAGCUAUUUGUAACUAUUACUUCCUCAGUGACAAAGAGAGAGAUGCAAAUAUCUACUUGUAUUGGUGUUACCAGUCACUUGGAAACUUUGCUCACAUGAACUAUGGUGUUAAUAUUGAUACAUUUAUUCCUGGAUUAAUUAUGAUUGGUAUAGGACAGUUCAAAGCACUGAAUGUAAGAUUAUCGAAUAUAAAAACCUAUUCAAAAAAGAAUUUAGUCGAUAUUGAGCAAGAAAAAAAACUAGAAGAAGAAUUGAUUAAGUGCUUGAAACACUACGAUUUGCUACGAGAAUACUGUUCGCUGAUUGAGGAAAUAUUUGACACAGCUAUGUUCGUUCAAUUUGGUGUAGGAGCCGCAAUUAAUUGUGUUACUUUAGUCGCCAUGCUACAAUUACCAUCCAAUGAAAUGUUCUUCUUGAUCUUAUACGGUGUAAUAAUGGCGAUAGAAAUAUUCACACCUGGAUAUUUAGGGACUCAGUUGGAACAUGAGAGUGAGCGAACGACCUCAGCGGUGUACGAGUGCGACUGGAUGGACCGCUCCCCUCGCUUCAAGCGCAACAUGAUGCUGCUGGUGGAGCGAGCAAACACCUCCGUGGAACUGACUGCGCUGACCAUGUUCCCGCUGUCUUUGGAGACAUUUGUAUCGAUCAUGAAAGGAGCCUACUCAUGUUUCACAUUAGUUCGAGCUAUGAAUGGAAGAGAAGAUACUAAAUAAUCGUGAGCCUGAGAGAGUGACGGGAGAAAGUAUUUUGUUACUAAAAACUGUAUGUAUCUUACAUAAAUUAAAACACUAUGAUUUU